AUGGUGAAGUCGAGUACGCCGAUUUGGGUGUUACUGUUCUCAUUUCUGUUUGGAUUCGAAAAGCCACGGUUUCUACUUAUUGCGAUCAUCCUGGUGAUGGUGCUGGGCGUGGUGUUGACAGUGGAAGGCGAGAGAAAGUUCGACGUAAUGGGAUUUCUGCUGGUGCUGGUAGCCGCAGUGGUUUCGGGCCUUCGAUGGAACUUGACUCAAUUGUUACUGCAACAAGAUCGAUUAGGGAUCAAUAGCCCGAUCGCCACAUUGUACCACUUGAGUCCCAUCAUGUUUGUGAUUAUGCUGACCCUCAGUCUGGCGUUUGAAAACCCGAUUGCCGAAUUCAAGGAAUCCAAACACUUUGAUUCUUUCUCGCACGUGAUGGAAUCCUUUGGUUUGAUGGCAAUUGGUGGUUUACUAGCUUUUGCCAUGACGCUAGCCGAACUUUAUCUAAUCAAGAAUACCAAUACAGUCACGUUGAGCGUGGCCGGGAUCAGUAAAGAGAUCGUGGUGAUCGCACUCUCUGUGUUGAUCUAUGGAGAUCUGCUUACAACCAAAAGUUUCCUGGGGCUAUUUGUAUCGAUUUCCGGGAUUAUUGCCUACAACUGGUACAAAUUAUCUAAAACACAGUUGUAUACUGAUCAUUCACGACAAUACCAAGUGAUUCCAAUGAAUUCAUCUUCGAGAAAACUCGAAGAUUGA